AUGAAAGACGGAAAAAAAUCAUUGGCUUAUCAAAUUCUCUAUCGAGCCGUGAAAAAGAUUCAACCAAAUACAGAAACAAAUCCACUAUUGGUUUUACGUCAAGCAAUACGUAGAGUAACUCCCAAUAUUGAAAUAGGAUCUAAACAAGGAAGAGCACUUGCCAUUCGUUGGUUAUUAGAAGCAUCCCAAAAGCGUCCGGGUCGAAAUAUGGCUUUCAAAUUAAGUUCCGAAUUAGUAGAUGCUGCCAAAGGGAGUGGAGGUGACAUACGCAAAAAGGAAGCGACUCAUAGAAUGGUAGAGGCAAAUAGAGCUCUUGCACAUUUUCGUUAA